UGGCGGAGGCCUUGAAGGCCAACACCGCGUUGCAGAGGAUCGAACUGAGCCGCAACCAUAUCGACGCCGAGGGCGCCAAGGCCUUGGCGGAGGCCUUGUUGGCCAACCCCGCCUUGAAGGCCAACACCGCGUUGAAAGAGAUCGAACUGAGCGACAACCAUAUCGGCGACGAGGGCGCCAAGGCCUUGGCGGAGGCCUUGAAGGCCAACACCGCGUUGCAGAGGAUCGAACUGAGCCGCAACCAUAUCGACGCCGAGGGCGCCAAGGCCUUGGCGGAGGCCUUGUUGGCCAACCCCGCGUUGAAAGAGAUCGUCCUGAGCAACAACGAUAUCGGCGCCGAGGGCGCCAAGGCCUUGGCGGAGGCCUUGAAGGCCAACACCGCGUUGCAGAGGAUCGACCUGAGCAACAACGAUAUCGGCGCCGAGGGCGCCAAGGCCUUGGCGGAGGCCUUGAAGGCCAACACCGCGUUGAAAGAGAUCGAACUGAGCGACAACCAUAUCGGCGACGAGGAGGAUCGAUCUGAGGUCCAAAUUCCAUAUCCGCGACGAGGGCGAAUUGGCCUUGGCGGAGGCCUUGUUGGCCAACCCCGCGUUGAAAGAGAUCGUCCUGUGGGACAACCAUAUCGGCGCCGAGGGCGCCAAGGCCUAGGCGGAGGCCUUGAAGGUCAACACCGCGUUGAAAGAGUUCAACCUGCGACGCAACAGUAUCCCUUUCGAAGAUGUCAAGGCCUUCGGGCGAGAUGGCCUACUGUUGUAGGGGAAUUCAGCCAAAGAGGGCAAUUCAGCCUAUUUUAGCAGCCACGGGUUUGCCAGCCUUCGCCUGGCGUCUGAUAUUGGCCACUCAGUGUCUCAGCAUGUCUCCGGGCGCUUGGGCGAGGAGACACCACUGAAAUGGGGCUCGGGCGCGGCGUACCUGCUACCCAAGCAUGUGGCGGACUCGCAGCACGAUGCUUGCCCAAGGGGACCUCCAAGAGGACCCCGAGAAGCAAACAUAUGGUCUCUUGUUCAGGCAAUCUUUUUUUGUUGGCCAGAUUCGUUCCUGAAGUGAACGAUGCCUACGACAACCCAAGAGACCCCCAAGACGGCCCG